AUGACGCCAUUCCCGAAACCUCGAAGUGGAGACAUCCUUCGGUCCCCUUCGACUCGCGAUGCAUCGCCCCUGAAGUCGCUUGAGCGCGGGGUCCAUAACUCCGGCCUCCUGCCUUUGAGGACGGUUUCGCGGCUCCGUUCUGCCUCGCGACCCCAUGCGCUGGUUCCAGCUGCUUCUUCUUCUCCUUCAUCUUCGCUUCUUUUUCUGAGAUGGAAGGAAGAUGGCACCAAGGCCAGGACUGCUUCGGCGCCCGGGAUAGCGGAGGACGGCCCCAUGAAGCUGGGCGGCAUCGCGAGGACGCUGCGGGUCGUUGUCAUGUCCGUGGCUCGGUACCUUUUGAACAUCUACUUCAACAUUUGCAACAAGCAGGUCCUGAAGGUACACCCUUUCCCAGCAACAGUGACAGCAUUUGAGUUUGGGUGAGGGACAGUGAUUAUUCUCCUGAUGUGGGCAUCUAGACUCUAUCCAGUCCCCAAGCUCACUCGAUCUCCGCUUGCAGCAAUUCUACCACUGGCUGUGGCACACACAAUGGGGAACCUCCUUACCAACAUAAGUAUUGGGAGAGUGGCUGUUUCUUUCACUCACACCAUCAAAGCCAUGGAGCCUUUCUUCACAGUUGUUGUUGCUUCUCUGUUCCUUGGGGAGAGGUCAUCAUUCUGGGUUGUUUCCUCCCUGGUGCCAACUGUAUGUGGAGUGGCACUCGCAUCUUUCACCGAGACUUCAUUUAACUGGAUUGGCUUUGGCAGCGCAAUGGCUUCCAAUUUGACAAACCAAUAGCGUAACGUAUUCAGCAAGAAAUUCAUGGUCAACAAAGAGGAAACAUUGGAAAAUAUCAACACCUUCUCAGUGAUGACGAUAAUGUCUUUCAUGUUCCUGGCUCCCACAGCUAUUUUCGUUGAGGGUUUUAAGUUCACUCCUUCAUACCUGCAAUCUGCAGCAAGUCAAGGUUUGCACAUUAAAGAGCUGUGCGUGAGAUCUCUUUUGGCUGGAUUCUGCUUCCACAGCUAUCAGCAGGUCUCUUAUGGGAUACUACAGAUGGUAUCGCCAGUCACUCACUCCGUCGGAAACUGUGCGAAGCGUGUGGUGGUCAUAAUUUCUUCAGUCGUCUUCUUCCAAACACCGAUUUCGCCCAUCAACUCCCUCGGAACUGCGUUGGCUCUCGCCGGAGUCUUCCUGUACUCAAAUGCCAAGAGGAUGACGCCAAAACUGAAGGUCUCAUGAGGCGUGAUGUGCUAUGUAGAGGGAAAA